AGUUUAAAUACAACUGGAGCUAAUAGCUUUGAGUAUCAGUAUGGAGGUGCCAGUUGAAGCUCCAGUACUGAAUGAAACUGUUAUUGUUUUGAAUUCAAGUAUUGCAGAUUUACAGGUUAACUGUAAAGAAUAUGUUCUUUUUACCUACUCACCCAAUUUAGACUGUGUGACACUUGCUGGUAAUACAGUGGCAUUCGUACUAUAUGAGGAAUUUGACUCUUUCUUUCUCAUCUUUUUAAAAUGAUUUUGGAAACAGAUAAUGGGAAAGCAGAACCACCAAAAGGAGUGAUGGUCAGCAAUCUCACGAUAAAUCUGGAUGUUAGUUCUCAUGUCUCAGAACAUCCUGUUGGGAACCACUACACCAGCUCCUGGGAUCAGACUUUUCAUCCACUUACUCCCCCUCUUUGCCUGAACUACUAAAGCCAGCUAACUGCGAAUGGCUACCCAAAGGAAACACUUGGUGAAAGAUUUUAAUCCUUACAUUACCUGCUAUAUUUGUAAAGGGUAUCUGAUCAAGCCAACUACUGUGACAGAAUGUCUCCAUACCUUCUGUAAGACUUGUAUUGUUCAGCACUUUGAAGACAGCAAUGAUUGUCCCAGGUGUGGAAACCAAGUUCAUGAGACAAAUCCAUUAGAAAUGUUGAGGUUGGAUAAUACAUUGGAGGAAAUUAUAUUUAAGCUCGUUCCUGGACUACGAGAACAAGAACUUGAGCGUGAAUCUGAGUUUUGGAAGAAAAAUAAGCCUCAAGAAAAUGGACAAGAUGAUACUUCGAAAGUUGACAAACCUAAAGCAGAUGAAGAAGGUGAUGAAAAUCAGGAUGAUAAAGACUAUCAUAGAAGUGACCCACAAAUUGCUAUCUGUCUAGAUUGUUUACGAAAUAAUGGGCAAUCAGGAGACAAUGUAGUCAAGGGUCUAAUGAAGAAAUUCAUUCGAUGUUCUACACGUGUAACUGUGGGAACUAUUAAAAAAUUUCUAAGUUUAAAACUAAAACUUCCAAGUUCUUAUGAGUUGGAUGUACUAUGCAAUGGUGAAAUUAUGGGGAAGGAUCAUACUAUGGAAUUCAUCUAUAUGACAAGAUGGCGACUAAGAGGAGAAAACUUUCGGUGUCUGAACUGCUCAGCUUCGCAAGUCUGCUCUCAGGAUGGCCCUUUGUAUCAGUCAUACCCUAUGGUAUUGCAGUAUCGACCAAGAAUUGAUUUCGGUUAGACCAAGGGGCCUAGAUUUCACUGAAAUGAAUCCUGCACUAUUUGUUUACUCGUCGACAGAUUGCACAGUGAACGGUGUGUGGACUAGAGGGACACAAUCAGAUUUUCAGCAUGCAAAUAAGGCCAUUGUCUGUCUCUAAAUUGUCAGUUGCAUUCAUGUUGUUUCUAUUAAGAGCAAACCAGGUGCCGUUCUGCUACUGAACCAUCUGCAUAAGGUGUUUGUGCUAUCUCACAGUGUGCAAGUCAUAGUUGAAAUCAUGGUGUGCAGCCAUGAUUUGGCCUCUUGAAUAUUUUGCUUGCCUGUUCCAAGAUUGUCCUAACGUUUAAUUACACUAGUAAUAUGGCUCAAUCUUUGUGGUGUUGCAGUUUUCACAUACUUACUAUUUUAUUAAUUCUUGUUUAAAUAGAGUACUGUACAAGAAUCUGAAAAUUAUAUCUGAAGUUAUUUUAUAUGGAAAUAUAUUUAGAAAAGUGGUUUCUGAGCCACUAUCUUAUUCUUGCUAAGCUUUUUGUGUAAAAAAAAUAGUUCAUUCUUGAGUGUGCAAGUUGUUUUGUGAAGAAUUCCAAUUAUUUAAUGUUGGAGAACAUCAUAAUUGUCAACAUUCUAGUCAUCUGUGUGGUCUACCAAUUGCACAAGGAAGGCAUGUUAGCUCUCCAGACCAACAUGUGUGUAAUUUCUUGGACAGCUGAAGUUAGAUUCAUAACCAUUUGAAAUGUUGGCAGCUGAUCACAUUUACUUCUAAUAAAAUUAAUGUGUAAGUAAGGUUCAUCUUGCAUAAUGCCUUAUGACAAGUGGGUGCUGCUUCAUGAAACUUCAUUGUAUAGCCCAUUCUAUAUAUGUACAUUACAUUGUUGUUGUCAUUUAAUGAAUACAUUGUUUUCUUUUGUGCUGGCCUUAGGUGUGUGUCAUUGUGCCAUGUAGAAGGUUAUGAAUGAUGACUUUAAAUAUUAGGUUUUUUAGAACAGAGAACAUUAGCUAUUUUAUGGAUUUCAGAUGUCUCAAAACAGUUGUAGGUUUAAAAAUGUUAGUUAUCACAUUUCCAAAACAUAUGCAUAAAAGAGAAUACAAUUUAGUAGAUAAAUAUGCUACCAAAAUUAAUGGUUUGAGAAUAUUUUAUUUUAGAUACUGUAAUCAGAGGGAAAUUGGAUUAUUGUUUUAUACAUGACUUAUUAAAAUUCAGAACUGUGAUAAUUUCCUUGAUUUUUCAGUUUUAUUAAGUUUUCCAUUUGUUUUGGUGUUAAUCUGCAAGUCACAGAAAGUCUUGUUACCUUAAGCUAUAUAAAAACUUUUAUUUUAAACCUUUUAAAAUUUAUGCUUUUCCAAAAAUGUCCUUGGAAAUUGCUUUAACAAUUACUUUCGCAACAUGUUUAACCUCUGAAAAUUAGACAGAUGCUUGGAAAUUAGGAGAAACAGCUUGUUUUAGAAAUCAGAGCACAAUCUAUGUGUUAAACACAUAGCUUUAUACUGUAUACAUGAGAGAAGUGCUGCAUUUUCUGGUAAGAUCUAUCACAAAUUGUCUUCUGAAUUCCAAAUUACUUCAUAGAACUACAAUAUUGUGUAACUCUAAGAAACACAAAAUACAGCUCAAUCUGAAUGCAUUUUAUCAUAUAAAAGACCAAAAGUUCAUAAUUUUUGUAUGUUUUUUUAGUCAAAAAUCUAUAUAAAAAUUUUCUGUUCCUACUUGUGAAUGAAGUUGCAAUAGUAUUUUGUUUCUUUAGAUUGUUCUUGGAAGGGCUCACAUGCAAAAUUUUAAAUGUUUUCAUUAACUUCUUAAAUGCUUGGAAAAACGAUUAGACUCAACCCAAAACUGAAUUUGUUAUCCAACUACAGAAAAAAAUUUUUGUGAAACCCACUUCCCUGAUAUUUUAAAAUUUGUUUAAUUAGUAUAAAUUUGUCCCAACUAGAUCAGUGAUUAAAAUAGUGUUUCAUAGUAUUUUACAUAUGGAAGGUAAUUUUAAUGAACUCAAGAUGAAUUGGGUGCGUUUGGAAAAUCACAAAUAAGGAUUAGAUAUUUUGGCUCCCAAGUCAAAACUUACGGCCAUAGGUAAGUUUUAGAGUGAGAUCUCUUUAAAUUUGUUCUCUUGUCUGAUAUGUAAUUCCACAAUUUUCUAAGAAAGUGUUUAGGGAAACAGUUAUAGAAUUGAGAGUAGUUUUGUAUAAAAUUCCUUUAUUUAGUGUUAAUGCAUUGACAUUUUUAUUGAAAUGCAGUGAAAAAAUAUGUGCCAAAAUAUGUAAAAAUCUUACAUAAAGAAGGGCAUUAAUUGUCAUUUGGGGAUAGGUACACAUUAAUUUUUGAUGGUCCUUAGUAAUGUGGUAUUGCUACUUCUUCAGCUGACCUCUUGUAGUGUAUCAACUAUGAGUUUCUAAGUAUGGGACUACUUUUAUGGCUAGUAGUACACUAAAUUCCCAGUUAAUUAUCCCUUAUAUCAGAUUAUAGAACUUGGAAGAAACCAAAUAUAGAGAAAAUAUACAAGCACCUUUUUUGGUUAGCUUUAUAAAUAUAGGGUACUUUAAAAAAACUAUAUAAGUAACCUAUCAUCUGCAUAUGUUAAAUCACAUAAUAAACCCAAAUUAAAUUAUUCUUUAAUUUGUUAUUACUGAAGCAAACUGAAUUUUAUUACUUCCAUUAAAGGUUGUGUUUUCUGUUUUAUCUGCCUUAAAAAUCAGAUAUAAAAGGGUCAAGGAACUUUAGAUAAUAAAAAAUGUGUAUGGUUUGUAAAUAUCACUUUAAAUGGAAGUAGUCACAUUAGUUAAUAGAAAAAUAUGACCUUUUCUCUAAAUUAACAAGACACUUACUAAGUUAAUAAGAUACUUAAAAAGUAUAAAAAAGAUUUAUUAAUGAGGUAGUAGUCUGGGGAUUGUGUAACUUGAGUAAUGUCUUUUAGCUACUUCUAGAAAGGUGUACUAUUUCUUUACUCAUUGAACAUCUGUCCCAUACUAAUAUACCACAUUUUAUAAAUGUAGUGAGUUUGCUCAAUUAUAUUAUACACUCAAGUGUUACAUAAAUUUAAACUGACUCCUUAAAAAUAAAUGUUAUAUACUAUAGUGAACUAUCUAGCUUUAUUAAAUAUUAAGAAGAAAGUGCCUCAUUGCUAACAUGCAUUUCUGUUUUAGAUUUACUGCGUGAAUUUUGAGUUUUCUGUAUGUGUCCCUUAUGAGUGGUUUCAUAUUUACAUAGGCACUUGCAAGUUGUAGUAAUCACUUUUUAAAAGAUUUUCAUAAAAAUAUAGAUAUCACCAAAGACAUUUUACUGUUAAUUAGUAACCAUGUUGGGGAAACAGUUUUAACUGUUCGGAGGUUGGAAAUUUUUAGACUGUGACUUAAUUUUGUAUAGUCAGGCAAUAACCUUAAUUAAUUGCUAAAAUAUCACCAAAGAAAGACUUUAAAGUAAAUUUUCUUGGUGAGACUGACUAGUCAAGUGCAGGUUUCUCUUGAAAUAAUCAGAGCACAUUUCCUUUUGAACAUGUUCAGUUAUCUAUCCCCAUCUGACACAUCAUAAGAAAUCCUCAAAUGUCAGAAAGAGAUAAAUAAAACAAGCUUCCCUCUGAAGGAAAAGUGAGAAGCGUGCAUACUUUUGAAAGAAAAUUGAAAUUAAGUUUAUAAAUUUUAAUUUGAGAUGUUUUUUAUUCCACAAAGGCAACAUAAAAUAAAUUACCCUUAUUUAGCUCCCAGGCUCUUAGUAAUAUGUAAUUUUAUUACAGAUAGAUUUUGAUAAAAGUGCUGAUGUGCUUAUUUGUGUAGAAUGUAGUACCUUCUAUUGAAUUUACAUAAAUGCUUUUUGUAUAUUCAAAGACAAAAUUUUCAUGAGGUCCUGUGUUUCUUGUUUCUCAGCAGUUACUUUAUCAUUAUUAGAAUUUUGCCUUCACAUCCAAAUUUGACAAAAUGGAAUGCAGAACAAGAGCAUCUCUAUAUACCAAAAGAGAUGCACCUUGAUGUCUUUUCUCCUGUAAGGUAAAACUACUAUUACAAAGUCUGCUCAUAGGUCAACUAGUUAAACCUCCUCAGGUUAAAAAUGAAUGCACAUUCUGUUACAUACUCUCGUGCAUUAUAAGGAAUUUUCCAGCAAGCUAAGCUUUAUGCCAUUAAAAUGUUGGUUGAUUAUAUUAAUUUCAAAAAUUAAUUUGUUUUGUCAUAACUUUUCUGGAUUAGAAACACAAAAACUUGAACUGUUAUUAAUAUUAUUUUAAGAUAUAUAUUCCUACAAUCUGGAGAGCAUUAAGGAAUAUAAUAUGUCUGCUAAAUGUGGUUUAUGAAAGGUUUAAAAAAUACUAAGCCCUCUCAAAGCACACAGUGGCCAGUUAUUUCUGGAUUUACUUGCUGUACCUGAUUCAGUAGUAUUUUGGUGGAAAACAGGAGAUCAAAAGUUUGUUAAAAUGUACUUAACUUAGUACAGAGCUUUCGUUGUUGUAUUUUGUUUUUUUUAACAGUGUUUUUCCCAGUAAUUUGAAAGUUUAUUUUCUGUCAUUAUAGUUUCAAGAAAAAUUAAAAUGCUUGAAUACUUCCUUUUAAGAAAGUUUUAAAAUCCAGCUUAAAGAUAACCUAAUCACUUUUAAUGCUCAUGCAAAUGUCUGUAUACUCAUGCCCUUUUUUUAUGAUUCAGAACUGAGACUGGUUUUUCAGAAAUGCUUUUUAAUUUUAAUUAUAUUUAAGUCCACAAGUGAAACAUGGGUCUAGUUUUCUUUCAUCUUAUAGAGCUUCAUGGAGUAAGAAACUUAGUAGAAAUGAAGAUUAAAUAUUUCUGGAUAAUGUAGAGAUAGUAAGCAGUUUAAUUUAUUUAUCCAUACACUUAAUAUCAGUCCACUAGAGCAGGAGUUCUACACAUUAAAAUGUAAUGGGAUCAGCCAAUAUUGUUUGGGGUUAGUUUCUUUUGGUGUAGAAAGAAAGUCUCUUUUAGACUAAAGAUGGGGGCCUAAGUGUCCUUAUGAAGCUGUGGUCCAUGACAAGAGCUUGUGGGGAGGGAGUACCGAUGUUCUACUGCUUUCCUGCAUCUGGCAGCACAGCGGCGAUCGUCAGUUUUAUUAGAGUAGCCCUCAUGAUAAGUAAAGCUACCAUAGAAUAUAUUGUAAAGUUACGUUGCUAGUUUUACUUUGAAAUAUGAAAUAUUUUAAGCUUUUGUCAAAAGUGGUAACAUCUUAAUACAGAUAAAAACCUUUUUGUGGUUGUAAGAUUUAGCUUAUAAAUCAUUCAAAUUGAAGUGAAAGAUUUACCAGGUCAUUGUUAAUGACUUAGUCUAUUAAGAAUAUAUGUAUUUUUUUAAAGGAAAAGCACUUGUAGAUAUUUAAUCAGUACAAGAUAUAUGUCUGUUUUGCAGAAAUAAAAUGCUGCUUAGAGAUUCUCUUUAAAUAUUUUUUAUUUUUGUGCCCAAACGUGUUUUCUGUUGAUCUAUGGAAUGUUCUGUACAAAGCUGUAUUACUGUACUGUUUGAGCUAGAUACUUUUUUUUAAAAUCUGGACUUAGCCAAAUAUAUUUGACCAUGUUAAAAUUAGUAUCUUUGUUAUUAAAAAUUUGAUUGCAUAA